CCCUGUGCCCACCCUCUCCCUCACACUGUUCUGCGAUCCUUCGGACGAGCCAGUCUUCAGCAACAGUUUCUGAUGCCAGCAGGGCCAGCGUCCGAACAGCAGCCACGACGCAGCAAGAGGAUCACCGAUCUCCAACAGCGACAGCAACCUCCAGUUCCACAACCACCACAGACCAGUACUCAGAUGGCGAACAUGCCACACAGCGGAUCAUCAUCCGAGGGUUUGACAGCUAGUAAUGCCGAACCCUUACCGGUCUGUCCGGUGCAAGGGUCAAAUAAGCCCCUCCCGGACUUCAUUCAGAGAAUGCAGGACUACACUGCCGCACUCACCCAGGUCAAGGAACAGCAAGAGGCUGCCGCAGCCGAAAGACUACGGCUAGUAGAGGAAGCUGCAGCACAAACCCGGCGUCAAGCCGAGGCAGACCAGUUGGCGAUCGAUCAGCUCAACGCCGGCAGCGCUGAACUUGUAAGUGCUAACCAAGCACAAUGGACAGCAGUGCUCAACGGGAUGCGUUAUGUCCCAGUACCCGGCAGCGAGCCGACACAAGUACAGCAAGAGAGGCAAGACCUGGCAGAUAUUCUACUCCAUACAAUGCGCGCCGUCAUUUGGAACAGCUCCAUGGGGGAGCUGCAUUGCCGGUCCACACUGCAGCUGCAGCACCAUCUGAGCCACAACGUGAAGAUACUUGCAGCAGCUGUCAAGGUCGCAGACAACCAGCUGAAACAGCUGGAUGCAUGCAUUGCUACCUUGGAGGCAAGGCCUCCCCAAGCAGCGCCAGGCUGCACGCCAGAUAUGAAAGACACGACGAAGCAGCUCAAUGGGCGUAUCCAUCAUGUCGUCAAUCUCAUCGGCGACAUAGGUGUUUUCAAUGGGCCAGACACGAUCAGUAGCACGGUGGCCGCCAUCAAGACAGACAUCACCAAGCUGCAGACGAAACCAGACGCCACUACGAAGAAUUACAAGAUGCCGCACUUCGACAUCAGCAAGUUCGACGACCACAGCAAGACAGACGCUUUGGCAUGGUGGCAACGUUUCCUCACGGAAGCAUCAUGCCGCACUGUCCCGGACGACUAUCUAAUGAAGGCGUUAUACUUACAGCUGAUUGGAGGAGCGCAGGCAUGGAUGAACCAUCUGGCAGCUACCCACACAUGCACCAUCGCCGAACUUCACACACACAUCACGUGGAAGGAUUUUGAGAACCUAUGGUUCACCCGGUUCAUGGUCCGCAACGUCAUGAAGGCGGCCAUGAACGAGGUGUACACCUGCUCUCAAUGGAGUAUGCCAACUCGAGACUGGACAACCAAGUGGCAGAAGAUAGUGACCACGCCACGCUUCGAUUUGAGCUUUCCAAAUCAACGAUCCGAGUUCUUCUCGCGAUCGUGCGCAGGAUUGCGGUCGGCACUCGGUAACGAGUACGACUAUACCUCGUUCCAGGCUAUCCUGGAUCGCGCAAACCUGGUCAUCCAAACAGACGACAAGGCCGCUAACGAGAAACAAUCCCAACCGCAUUAUGUGGCCAAGCAGGGCUGUCAACGUCCGGCACAUAACAAUGCCGUGAUUUAUGAAGAAACAGACGAUCUCCACGCUGCAGCAGCAACCUUGAGUGAUGGCGGAAUUGUAGCAGCGCUCCCGCCGAAGCGUCCCAAGAGAGUUCGGAAGAAUAAGGCGACACAAGAGACGGCAUCGACGGGAACUGGGCAGCAGCCAUGGACGGCCUACAACAUUACCAAGGAACUGUUCUCUACGUCCGGAAGAAGAACAAAGAUCUACGGUUAUGCAUCGACUAUCGCAAACUUAACGCACAAAACCGUAAAGAACGCCGGCCCUCUCCCUCGGAUUGAUGAUCUCCUUGAGCGGUUAGGCGGCGCGAUGUACUUCUCGAAGUUGGACUUGAAGUCAGGCUACCACCAGAUUGAAAUCCAACCUCAAGAUCGGUACAAGACCGCGUUCAAGACGAGGUACGGGCAUUUUGAGUGGGUUGUCAUGCCCUUUGGCCUCACCAAUGCCCCCGCGACUUUCCAAGCAGCAAUGACGACUGAGUUUCACGACUUGCUCGAUCGCAGCGUCCUCAUUUACCUUGAUGACAUCUUGGUUUACAGUAGGACGUUGGACGAGCACAUCGUACACCUUCGCGUUGUUCUGGAUCGUUUGCGACUAGCCAAGUACAGAGCGAAUCUCGACAAGUGCGAAUUUGCCAAGCAAGAGCUUGAGUACUUGGGCCAUUUUGUCACGCCGAAAAGCAUUCGUCCCUUAGCGGACAAGAUCCAAGCCAUCGUGGAUUGGCCGGAACCCCGUUGCAUGACGGAUGUACGCUCUUUCAUGGGWUUGGCUGGAUAUUAUCAGCGAUUCGUCGAGUCAUACUCGAAAGUGGCUGCUCCUUUGUCGAGACUUCAGUCCCCGAAGGUGCCCUUCGAGUUCGACGACGCAGCCCGUGGCGCGUUCACUACGUUGAAGGCAGCGAUGCAAGCCGCACCUGCCCUCCGUUUAUAUGAUCCCACCCUACCCACCCAAGUGACUACGGACGCUUCGGGAUACGGGAUUGGUGCGGUGUUGGAACAGUGUCACGAGGACGGUUGGCAUCCGGUCGAGUAUUUCUCCCAAAAGGUGCCUCUCGUAAACACUCUCGACGACGCUAGGAAGAAAGAGCUACUCGCGUUCGUCACCGUUCUCAAACGGUGGCGCCGCUUUCUUCUCGACCGUCGGCGCUACAAGUCCGAUCCGACUUACUCUACGCUUUACGCGGAGCUUUCAUCGGAUCACCCGCCGGCUAGCCAAUAUCGGAUUUCCGACGGGUUCCUUCUCCUUCACACGAGAGGAAAGGACUUGCUAGUUGUGCCCCAAGAUCGCAUCUUACGGACUCGUCUUCUCGGCGAAUUCCACGACGCACGACUUUCGGCACACCUUGGCGUGAACUGCACAUUAGCACGCCUCCGCCAGCGUUUUCACUGGCCCGACGUCCUUCAUGACGUCACGAGGUACAUUGAGUCAUGUGCAGUUUGCCACCGUAACAAGGGUCGAUCUCGAGUCCCCUUCGGCGAACUGAAACCGUUGCCGAUCCCUCGAGCACCACGCCUCUCCAUUGCUAUGGACGUGACAGGCCCGUUUCCCCGCGAUCGCCACGACCAUGACGGUAUUCUCACGGUCGUUGACCGUUUGAGCAAGUAUGCUCGCUUCCUUCCUUGCAAGUAUCAUGCUGCAGCGCCUGAGCUCGCACGACUCUUGCACACCGGUUGGAUUACCAACCAAGGUGUUCCGGAAGACAUAGUGAGCGACCGAGAUACUCGUUUCAUGUCAGCCUUCUGGACUUCCCUCAUAGCUGAGUCCGGUACGACAAUGAARCCRAGCUCGGCUCGGCAACCGCAGACGGAUGGUCAGACGGAGCGAGCGCACCAGACCGCUCAGAUGAUGUUGCGUACGCUCAUCCGUCCCGACCAGAAAGAUUGGGUUGACCGGCUUCCCGACAUCGAGUUCGCCUAUAACACUUCGGUGCACCCGGYGAUCUGCGUCACAYCAUUCGAGYUACAUCAUGGUGGAGAGAAAGCACGGAUCUUCGCUGAUCUCCUUUUGCCACAGGCUGCCGACAUAGACAUCCCUUGCUCUCCCGCUUCCGUUCGGAAGUACCGGGACUUGCUGAUCAAAGCCCGUGCAAAUAUGCAAAAGGCUCARAUCCGCAUGCAGCARYAGGCUAAYCGACGUCGACUUCCAUGUCCUUUACGUGAGGGAGACCUUGUUUGGGUCCUCUCCGAGRAAUUUGCRCUCGAGCAGGACGUUUCGYGCAAACUCCUUCCGAAAUGGUUCGAACCAUGGGAAGUCACUUCUGCCGUUGGAGACGACCCCGCAGGUCCUUCCUUCGUGAUCAACAUUCCACCGCACCUGACAGUGCAUCGGGUCUUCCACGCAUCGAAGCUGGCCAUCUACACGCCACCUUCAGCUGACGAGUUUCCCGGACGUCGAUCACAGGAUCCGCCUUCUAUGGACGGCCAUCAGGAAGUUGACCGAGUCAUCACGCACCGCAAGUAUGGCAACAAGUCAAUGCAGUACAAAGUCACAUUCAAGCAAUGUGCGCCUGACGACACUCGGUGGAUCUCUAGUGCAGACUUGCAGACUUCUGCACCCCUUAUCUUCGCCAACUAUGAGAAGACACGACUUGCUAAGGAAGCAGCUCGUCCCGCCCGACCCACCCCGAUAUCGGACAGACAACUUCGCCCUCGCAGGUAGCUCGGUCUUUUAAGAGGGGGAGUGUGUUACAUCUUCGACGCCACACGGGUCCUACCGGACCCGACUUAGGGUUAGAGGGACACGUUAGGGCCUAAAGGCCCGACCUUGGGGUAUUACACGC